UCUCCCAAAUCUCUCUCCCAAAACCCUAAAUUAAAAUCUCAAUUCUCUCACACUAUGCGCCGACGACCUCCUCCUUCCAUCCUCAGCCGAAAGUGGCGGUUCCGGCGGCCUGAGUUACAGUUUGGAUUGAUGAGUUUUUGGAAAAGCAUUUUGAAUUGUGGCGCCAAGCUAGCGAUUCUUCAUCUUCUGACCUUCCAACGGUGGAGGAGGGAUUCCUGCAGGAGGCAGUCCGAGUUCGCGUUCAAGCUCUGCUUCUAGUGCUAUAUCUUCCAAUGAGGGGAUUGUCAUCAGUUCGUCAACUCUAGUUGCCAUUUCUUCAACAAUUUUUUCCUUGGUCGGCCCUACCUCCACGCUGAGGUUGGAGAGUCCAGUGUUGCAAAUUCUUCAUCAUCUGAGGCCGUUAGUUUCACCCCAGUGGAUGCAGUGGCUGUUGCAGUCGCCCCUUCUUCAACCUCUGAGAUUGGGGAGUCUAGUAGUGGAGUGGUACCAUCUGACUUGGGAGAUGUUUUUGGUAACUCGGUCUUCAUUACACCUCCUCUGCAUUGGAACCAUUUCUCUAGUCGUGCUAAUUCUUCAACUCAGGCCGUGGGUAUCACCCCUGUUGGAGCAGGAGGUGCUUAUGGAAACUUUUGUGAUAUUCAGCCUUUGCCUUUGCCGUUGGACCAACUCUUCCAUCAAUUUCCUGGUUUGGUCAAUUAUAGAUUUGCGGCUGUGAAUAACACCCUGGUGCAGCAGGAGAUUCUUUUAGUAACUCGUUUUUCACAAUCCAGCCUUGCCAAUUGACCCAAUUCUGCCAAUUUUAUCCGGGCAUGGUCAAUUUUACAAUCGAUGAAUUCCGUGUUAAUCCAUCUAGAUUUACUCUGCUGCAGCAUGUUCUUGGGAGUGCUUUUCAAUUUAGUGUGGAUGUCGCUGGACGCCUUGUGGUUCAACGCCUCUUGAAUAAUGCAGCGUAUUUGGAGUUGGCUCUUUUUUUGAUGGAGAUAGUCCCUCAUCUUCUUAUUCUUGCUGGCCAUCCAAAUGGAAAUCAUGUUUUACAAGCGUUCAUUUUGGCUUGUAACAGCCCUGCUCUUGUGGAUAGUAUUACUUUCUUUUUACGACCUUAUAUUCCAUUUUUGAGCUGUCACUACUUUGGUCGUCAUGUCAUUGAAAAGCUUAUAGACCAUAUUUCCCAAGAAAUGCUCUGUCUUCUUGUCAAUGAUCUCUCUGGUUAUGUUCUAUCACUAUCUCUAAGUGAGAUUGGUUCAAACGUUAUUCAAGCCAUGAUUAGAAACUGUGAUCAUCGUCCUUCCUUGGCGAUCUUAGUCAGCCAGAUCAUCCCACAUGUACAAAUUGUGGCAUCUAAUCCUUAUGGAAACUAUGUCCUUCAGGAUGCUAUAAGGCGUGUGAAUGAUGAAGUUCUUGGAAAUUUAAUCUCCCGUUUGAUGGAUCAAGGAACACUUUUGGUGCUAUUGCAAGGAGAGUAUGCUCAUGUGUAUCGUUGCCUGGUAGAUUCUUGUGAUGUCACCCAAUUAAGGGUCAUAGUUCAAGAGCUCAGAAUGUUUUUAAUUGUACAUGGUGUGAUUCUAAGGCAAAGUGAGUCGGGAGUACUUGUCAUUCGUCGUGUACGCUGCCUCAUUCGUGUUGGACAGGCAAGACUCUUCCAUAUGUGAAGGAAGGCAUAGAAGUAUUCCACUAAUAGUUUUACUUACACUAGAUCUUAAUAGUUCCACUUACACUAGAUCUUAAUAUUUUUGUUAUGAUACCUGUCAUACAUUUGACAAGAAUUAUUCAAUCAUUCAUUGAAGAUUUAUGCUAUA